AUGGACAAUCAGGAUCAAUCAUCCCAGACAAUGCGCCCAGGAUCACUGUCACCAACAUCCACAAUAUCCGCACAGGCCCUUGACCUCAGUAGACUUCCACCAAUCGCGAUUUUCACUGCGCAUCUGAAGGACGAUGAAGUGAAGACACUCAAGGAAACGUUGCGCCAGUACGACGCACCGCUUACUACCGAUGUCGCGAGGGCGAAGGUCUUCAUCGGGAAGGUGGGUACCAAGAGAAGAGCCGAGUUUGAAUUGAGGUCUCGAAAAUUGGUUGUCCAAGAAGUUGUUACCCCGAAACGGCCAGCAAGUCCUGUGAAAGUACAGAAUCACUCUAGCAAGAGACGAAGAGUUGGUGGAACAUUAGGUCGGCUACCAGCGGAUGAAGUGAAUUUUACUACCGAAGACGAGGCUGGCGACGACUCACAGACUGAAGAUGAAGCGACAGAUAUUAAGAAGCAGCGCGUUCAGCUAUCAUCGCCUGCGAAGUCCGACAAUGGCUCAUAUGCUGCGCUCAUGUUUGAGACUUCAUCGAGUGACGAUUUAAUCUGGGUCGUCAAAUUCGACUGGGUUGAAGCUUGUGUAACUGCAGGCCAUUUCCUUCCACUGGGAGACAACUUAGUGUACAAGGGCAAAGUCCUUGAAAGACCAAAAUCAUUGAAUCCAAAGUCUAUCAAAGACAUAUUUGGUGCGCACGAGAAAGCAGCGCCAAAGUCUCAGACACUCUUGGCAACAAGGCCACAUCCUGUGCAGGACAUUUUAGACCGCGCAAAAUUGGAUGCAUCCAAGGCCUCGAAGAAAACUACUUAUCAGCCUAGGCGAUUCGGAAACCACACCUCUAAUCGCUUCGACGGUAAGGCUUUUGCCCGCUCGUCGCAACCCGUCAGUCACUCAUAUGCUUCACAAGCUGCGCAUCUGCUGCAGCAAACGACAAGCGAGUAUGAAGGCGAAGACAGCGAUAUCCCUCUACCUCCCGAAUGGGUGAAGAAGGGCAUCAAGUACGCUUGUCAGCGCUUCACACCCGGUAGUGGACCCAAUGAAGACUUUCUCGACCAGCUCAAGAAGAUUAGAACUGCUCGAACCCUGAUAGACGAUGAUAUAGGUGUUCGUGCAUACUCGACCAUUAUCGCGUCUAUCGCUGCGUAUCCAUAUAGACUUAGUCACCCGCGAGAGAUAGCACAACUACCUGGUUGUGACGAGAAAACCGCAGUUCUUUUCGUAGAAUGGAACAACACUGGCAAGAUCCAGGCAGUUGAAGAUUACGAGAACGACGAAUCAAUGAAGGUUCUGCGCGCAUUUUACAAUAUCUGGGGUGUUGGAGCGAAGACUGCGCGGCAUUUCUACUACAAUAAUCACUGGACUGAGUUAGACGACGUCAUCGAGUAUGGCUGGAACGACCUGGAUAGAGUGCAGCAGAUCGGCAUCAAGUAUUAUGACGAGUUCCUAGUGCCAAUUCCACGUCCUGAGGUUGAGCAAAUCGCCGCCGUUGUCCGAGAACACGCAGUAAAGCUUCGCGACGAACGUGUAACUGUGACGAUUGUAGGCGGUUACAGACGUGGCAAGACAGAGUCUGGCGACGUGGACAUGAUCGUCUCACACCCCGAUUUGGAGAGUACAGCGGGAUUGGUUCGAGAGAUUGUUGAGUCAUUGGAAGAAGCUGAGUGGAUUACUCAUACGCUCACGAUGAGCUUGACAAACACCAAUCGAGGCCAACAUGCACUGCCUUUCCGGUCUGCAAAGGGAGCAGGCGUGGGUUUUGACACGCUUGACAAAGCACUUGUAGUGUGGCAAGACCCAUCGUGGCCUGCUCGUGAGCAAGAUGUUCUAGAGAAUCCAAAAGCGAAGAAUCCUGCUAUUCACCGCCGAGUCGACAUCAUCGUGGCGCCUUGGCGGACUGUGGGUUGCGCAGUCAUGGGUUGGAGUGGCGGUACGACGUUCCAGCGAGAUUUGAGGCGAUAUGCGAAAGCUAUCAAAGGCUGGAAGUUUGAUAGCAGUGGCAUCCGGAGUCGAAGCACUGGUGAAACUAUAAUGCUGGAAGGACCCGAAGGAGUUGUUGGGACACCAGAGGAUGCAGAGAAGAAAGUCUUCGAAGGGCUAGAUCUGGAAUACAUACCGCCUGAGUAUAGAGUAACAUAUUGA